GGGGAGAUCUACCAAAGUUACUUAGACAAGUUCACCUCUAUGACUUGGACAGUUGGUUCGCUCGGACCAUCUCGCACCAUCCUCUUACAAACCAACUGUAGACAUGGCGGAUAAGGAGAAGAAGAAGAAGACCAAAAAGAAGGAGGAGCCGGCGCCGGCUCCCGCGCCGGAACCGGAACCAGCACCACCUCCAGAGGAGAAACCAGCAACUCCUACCAGCACACCGAAGGAAUCUGGCUCGACCAGAGCAAGCAGUCGUGGAAGUCGAAAAGCGAAACGCACUGGGUCCAGUGUGUUUUCUAUGUUCACUCAGAAACAGGUGGCCGAAUUCAAAGAGGCAUUCCAACUUAUGGAUGCAGACAAGGAUGGUAUAAUCGGCAAGAACGACCUCCGUGCGAGCUUCGACCAAGUUGGUCGGCUUGUCACUGACAAGGAACUUGAUGAUAUGCUAAAUGAAGUACCCGUCCCAAUCAACUUCACUCAGUUACUUAAUCUGUUUGCAACCCGCAUGUCCGGAUCAGGUACCGACGAUGAUGAGGUAGUAAUAGCUGCCUUCAACACCUUUGACGUAGAUGGUAAAAUUGAUGGCGAAAGAUUGAGGCACGCUUUGAUGACCUACGGCGAUAAAUUCACCGCGAAGGAAGUCAACGAUGCAUACGACAACAUGUACAUUGACGACAAAGGUUUCAUCGACACGCAAAGUCUUAUCGCGAUGCUGACUGGUACGGGCGAUGAUGAAGACGAGUAACUUUAAGCGAUCUAACAUGAAACAAACUUCUGUUAAACCUUCAAUCAUUGAAAACAAAGUCUUGCAUUAGCGCCAGACCCGUGCGAUUUGCUUCCGAAGGGUGAAAAGCAGCGAUAAAGUAAUUAUAAUCAUUCCCUUUCCUUUGCUCUUCACUGGUAGAUGUAUUCUUUUUUUCCGAGGGAACUGUUUUCAAUAAUAAAAGGCCAGUAACGAAUGACUAGAGAUUCACAGAACAUUCUCCUGGAGGUAAAACAACGUAUCUGCCGAUAAACGAGGCUUUGAAUAUCCACAUUAUUGUUCGUAUAAUAAAAUUACUUAAAAAUUUUAAA